AACGAAGGAAGAUGGUUAAUUUAAUUUGGCCACACGCUAUCACCCUCAGGGGGGUACAAGUUCAGUCUAAAUAAAAACACAAGGGCUUUAGAAAGGGCGAAUCGGAGAGCUUUAAUGUCCGCGAUGUAUCGUCCAUAAUUGAUGUGUCAGGAGUCUGGAUCCAAACUUUUGUUGUGAUUCGUUUUAAAGCGGACGUGAGCCCAGACUGCUGGAAUCUGUCCUAUUCUUUGCCCUCUGAAUGGAAGUGCGUGCGCACGAUCUACCUAUCGCUAAGAUGCUCACGGAGUUGUUUGGACGAGAUGAUGUCGAUGCAACAGGUAGGCAUAUUGACAAGUCGGUUCAGAAAUGGAAUUUGGCGACGCAAAUAAUAUGCAUUUCUGCUAUGACAAUUUUCUUCGGGCUGCGCUCAUUCACACGCUUGGUUAUAAUGGACGGCUAUAGAAAAGAAGAUUGGCCUUGUCUAGGUGCUUGGUUUCUAGGUGUCUGCUACUCAAUUAUUGCGCUGAUCAUGGGUCAUUUUGGAGGCGGACUUCAUUAUGAUGAUGUACCUAUAUCGCAUCGCAUACCAUUCGAAAAGACGGUGUACGUGACAAUGGUUAUGUAUGGCCCGACCGCAUUUUUGACGAAGUUGUCCCUUCUAUGGAUUAUUGCACGAGUAUUCAGCCCUUAUCGCAAAACCGUUAUAUUCAUCUACGUUUUCCUGGCAGUUAUGCUUGCCUACUAUAUCCCGGCCGUCAUCGUCAAGAUCCGGAUUUGUGACCCAAUAUCAAAGUUCUGGGCCCCUGACACGGAGGGAUCAUGCUUGAAUCAGACAUCGAUCAUCCUUGCCGAUGCGGUUGUCAGUGUUGUUAGCGACAUAGCUAUCCUCAUUCUUCCCUUGCCUCUGACUUUGGGUUUACAAUUGCCUCUCAAGAAGAAGAUGAGGGUCAUUGGUAUUUUGGGAGCCGGAGGACUAGCGUGUGCAUCGAGUGUUAUCCGGCUGGUCCUCAUUGUUGUGACGGGACAGUCAAAGGAUGCGACGCUAGCUUUUAUGCGCAUCAACAUGUUUGGAAACGCUGAAAUAGCAAUUGGGGUUAUCUGUACCUGCUUACCCGCCCUUUCAGCUCUAGCCACUCAUACCCACCGCGAGUACCUGAGCAACAGAGACACGAGUCAUAAGAAUACCAACAGCUCACAAUACGAGCUCAGCAAAGUCAAGAACAGCCGACCCAGUCGCACCCCGAUGACCUUGACGGAGAUUGAAUCGGAUCAGGAUAUCCUCAUCCCCAAUGCUCAAGAAGCGCCAAGGAUCGAGACGACGGUACGAGGCGACCCAGACCGACGGAAGAACGAAGAGCCUAUGGGCAUCAUGCGGACAGUGGAUGUGUCGACCACUGUGACAACGCGAUACGUCGAGAAUGAAUGAUUGGCAAAUGCGUGCUGGUAUGACGGCGUUCUGGUAGCAUGGUUAUUUUGGGCUUCGGGUGAUUUCCUCGAACAUUCGGCUAGGUGUUCUGUUGACAUCGAUGCAUAUGUAUAGCGUAUAUACCUAUAAUGACAAUGGGGCUAGUGUCCUUCAUCUUUGAAGUGCUAUUCAAUGUUGGUAAACAGUCAGAUGAUGGCUGGGCGCGUUCCGGUGUCUGCGAGGAGAUACGCGUGAGCCUCGCACGUUAUUGCGUCAAUUGAGUAGCAAUGCCGAAGAUUUGGACCCACAAUAUGCCGCAAAGCUUGUCUGAUCAUGAC